ACAGAAUAGACUGAACAUCUUAUGGGACUUUGUGUUCAAUAGAUUGAAAAAUUUAAUAUUGAGACAAGAAAAUAAAAAAGGAUAUGUUUUUUAUUUAUGUAUUUAUUUAUACUCUGUGGGUAAAGUUGCAAAUGACACAAAUUGGCAAAGGGAUCACGUAACUCCUCGAUCGUGUGACAAAAAUUUAAAUUGCAUAUCUAUUCUAUCCUGUCUCUCGUCGCUGGUAAUACACUAGCGGACUCUGUUAAAAUAAAAUGGGUAACUAAAUUAAAAAGUGUAUGUGUUUUUUUUUUAAAUAAUAAAUAUAUGAAAACUUUGUAUUACAAAAAACAUUAAUUAUAUUAUUAUGUAGUAGAAUAUAAAAAACAAAGGAAAAGUUUAGUGUGAUAUUUAUAAUACAAACUGCGAAUUUAAUCUUUAUAUUGUACUAACUUUUAACGGUUAUUACACCUUAUAUUUACUGUUUUUACAUAUUAACCUUAAUUUCUGUUUUAAAAUAAUGUUACCCAUUGGACCAUAUCAUGACAUAUGUUCAGAAAAUAUUACCAGCAAUUGUACAAACAUAACUGGUUCUAAUAUUACAAAUAAUUGUAAUGAAUCAGAAUCAUUAGAUGAUUUACAGUGUUUUGUAUGUGAUGCAACAAUUCAAGGACGUCAUUAUGCAUUGGCCACAUGUAGAACACAAACUUCAAGAUCUAGAAUAAUAGAAAAGCUUGGAGAGUUAGUUGGUGAAAGAUAUAUGGUAGUAAUAUCAGAAGAUGAUGUAAUCUGUAGAAGUUGUGCCAAUCGUAUUAAUAUGCUUGAUAGACUUGAAGUUGAAAUGAUUACUUUGCGUGAUAAUGUCUUAAGAUUUUUGGAACGAAAGUAUUCUUUGGAAGAAGGAGAACUUCUUGGUGUCAAUGAAAAGCAAAAACGUUCUCAACCACCACAAAUCACAAAAUGUACUUUUCAGCCAAGAGAGAAUUACCAAUACAAAAAACAAAACAUUACUUCACCUUCCUAUAUUUCUGGAAAAACAAAAGAUAAGAAAAGUAACAUUUGGUUGCAAUGUGAUAAGUGCCAAUACACCACCCUUCAUAACUCAUUUAUGGUACAUCAUGUUAGAGACCAUGGUAAACAAAAAGAAUUCUGUGAUAAGUGUGAUACUCAGUUUUUUGGAAGUCAACAGGAAUUUCAUAAUUGUAAUGUGAAAGAAGACUCAAGCAAUCAAAGUAGAAAUCAAAGUGAACAAUCAGAAUUAUGUAUCAAAAAUAUUAAUGAAACUAUAAUGAACAUUCCAAUCUUAGAAAAAGCAAUGCAACCAAAUGAGCCAAUUAUGACCAUUGAUGCAUAUUCAGAGUCACAAAUUUCAAAUCAUAAUGAAAAUAUACCUAUCAUAAGAUUGUCAAAUUCAGAACAUGUACCAAUACAAAAUAUUUUAACUUCUGACAACACUACAACUGGUCAGCCAAUAUAUGUACGUGUUUUGCAACCAGUUGAAAUUAAUGAAACACCAAUACAUUCCGCAAUGCUGGCUAUUUCAAAUUCCAACUCUGAUUUAUCAAUGAAACUUAAAGAUAGUUCAGGAAAGCAGGUUUUGACAUUGACAGAAGAUGGAAGGUUGGAAAUGACAGAAAUGGAAUGUUGGAAUGAUAUACAAUCAUCAGAGCUACAACCCAAUAUAACAUUUCAAUGAUAUAAACUUGUAUAUUUAAUUUGAACACAGUUUUUAUUUACUUAUUUUUAUUAAUGCAACAAAUAACAAUUAUUUAUAACAAAAUAAUAUAUACUUUUUCGUUUAAACCGAGCUUGUACCAGUUUUGAACACGUCAUUUGUCUAUUUUCUUUGAUUCUUGAAUUAAAAUUUUAAUGCCAAAGUCUGGUACUAGUUUCUUCUUUUAAUUUUCGAUUCGUGCUGUUGUUUCAUCGUAGAUAACAUCAGGUGUGCAAUUUAUAUUUGGUACUUAACCAAGCAGGCCGAGUACGCCUGAGAUACCAUCAGCAACACCGUUAACGACAUCAGAACCGAUAUCUGCAGCACCCUUUAUACCAUCUCCAACGGUAUUAACGACACCAUUAGUAAUAUCGGAACCUGUCUUCGCAGCACCGUUUAUUCCGUCUCCAAUACCAUUGACCAAAUUACCAGCAGCAUCAACACCCGUGUUUACAACACUAUUUACACCAUCUCCAAGAUCAUGAACUAAGUUGCCAGCCAAAUCAGAACCUGCCUUCACAACAUUAUUUAAACCAUCUCCAAGACCAUGGACUAUGUUGCCAAGCAAAUUGUUACCGGUAUUCACAAUAUCUUUCAAACCGUCUCCAGCACCGUUAACUAAGUUUCCAAGAAGAUUGUUACCUGUCUGUACAAAAUCUUUUAUGCCAUCUCCAAGACCAUGGCCCAAAUUACCAAGAAGAUCGUGAACAAAGCCAACAACAUUCUUUAUGCCAUCUCCAACAGUGUGUACAACGUCUCCCAAUCCAUUAGCAACAUUGCCUACUAUAUCUUUAACCAGUCCAACCGCGCCUUUCGCGACAUUGUGAAUGCCAUCCACAACACCGCCAAUGAUGUCGUGAACAGUAGAGACAGUACCCUUUACGAGAUCGCCACCAUCAUGUGCAAGGUUAUCAACUAUGUUUUCGGCAUUAUGGACUAAAUCGGCGGCAAUGUUCACAGCAUUUGCCAAAGCCUUCUUUGUCGAAUUUUUUACAUCAUCCAGAAGGUGAUGGUUUGCAUUUGCAAGGCCGGUUAGAACAUUAUGGAUACUGUGCAGAAUGUUGCCAUUUGUAGCCGUCAAGUUGCCAACAAUGUUCUUAGCAUUAUCCUUUGCAUGCUGGAGAGCGUUCUUAAGAUUGUUCUCCAAAUUACCUACAGUGUGGUUAAGCCCCUGAGCAACCUUUUCAACGUUGUCUUUCAAUGCUGCCUUGACUUUGUCGUUACCAUUCUUGGCGUUAGCAAUGUUAUUCUUAACUGCUUGCAAUUGUUGUUGGAUACCAUUUUGUAUGUUACCCACCAAUUUGGAGACAUUAUCUUGGGCAUUCUUGACUUGAUUUUCAAUUGCGUGCGUCACAUUUUGGAGGACUCCCCCAGCUUUCUGAUUUAUUUCUUUGAUUUUCUGUCCAACGGAGUCAAGGAUUUUCCCUACAGAUUGCAGAAUAUUGCCCAAUGUCUUUGUAAGAGAGUCAUUGAUUUUAGAAAUGACAUUUGUAACUCCGUCAACAAUGUGACCAGCUUCUUUUUCAAUUGCUUGCGUAGUAUUCUUCAGAGCUUCACCGACCUGGUUAAUGAUAUUAGAAACCCCAUUCUUAGCAUCACCUACAAUUUUGUUAACUACGUUCUUGACAUCCUCAGCAUCGCUUUUGAUACCGUCUGCGAUCUGUUUAGCUUCCUGUUUAACAUCAUUCACUGCUUCGUUUAAGAUGUUUUUCGCUUUGUUGAUAAUGUUAUUAACGUUUUGUUUGACAGCAUUAAUUUUAUCCUUGAUAAUCUUGCCAACAGAUCCCAUGACUGCUGCGGUUUCAUUCUGUACUUUGCCUACGUCAUUCUUUACUUGUUUUAAAGUGUCAGUAACGUCUUUUCCUGCAUCUUGCGCUAGAUUUGAAGCUGUGUUCUGAGCAUUUUGCAGUGCUUUCUGUGCAUUUGAUUUCACAUUGUUAAAAGCCUUAGCAGUGUUAUUUUUAACAGCAUCUACCGAUUUUAGCAAGUCAUUGUUAGCUUGGUCCAAAGCAUUAGAACCCUUUUGGAUAAGGUCUCCCAAUUUUUGUUGGAGUUCAUUGGCAACUUUGGGGUCUUUCACAACAGCGAUGUCUUUUUUGAUCUGAUCACUCAGUUGAGCCAAACUGUCCUUAGCUUUGCUUAUUUCACUUUGGGCAGUUUUUUUAGCAUUGCCCACAACCUGGGUGGUCGCAUUAUGGAUUUGCUCAAGAGUCUUGUCCAACAAAUUCGCGGCAUUACUCACGAGAUUUUGAGUUUUCUGUUGGAUAUCUUUGGCUUGACCUGUUACAUUGUUUGUAACAUGAGCAGUUUCGUCAGCAAUAUCCUUCAACUGUUUCUGGACAGUUUUUUCGGCGGAGUCGACGAGAUUCUGCAGAUUUGCAAGGAUGUCAUUGGUUUUGUCCUUGAGUUGAGGCGAAGCAUUUUGACCAGAGUUGCUUGGUUUGUUCUGUGAAAAUAAUAUAAUUUAAGCGCUUUUAAAUCUAAACUUUUAUUCAAUUAUAUGCAAUACGUAUUGUUUUGUUAAUAAUUGUAAUAAAAAUCUUCAGAUUUAAUUACAUAAACACGUUAGAAUUAGUAUAUUAUACUUACAACGUCGGAAGAAGAGCCGUCUUGAGCAAGUGGCACAGCCUGCACAUAAUAAUACGUACAUGUAUACAGUAUAAUAAAUGUAAUUGAUAUUUUGUUAGUGAAUAUUAGUUUAAAAUACAAAUGUUGUCUUUUCGCUUGCAAUACAAGACGCUUUUUGCGUGUAGUAUAUUUUCAACUAAAGAAGACAAUUAGUUUAUGCUAAGUAUGGUGUAAUUAUUUGUCAAAAAAGUAUAACUAUAUUAACUUAAAUUUUUAAUACUACAAUUAUUACUUAUUAAUAUAUAACUGAAAAGUUAAGAAUUCAAAUGAGCCGGAAAUAAACCCGCCGCCAUGAUACUUUUUCAAACUGAAGCAACCAUCUUGAUUCUUAUUUGAAAUAUCCUUCUUUUAGUGGACUAUGUAUAUUUUAAAAGAAAAUGAGUAGGGAGAAUAAGAUACACAUACAAAAUAAAACAAAUUACAAAAUAAUUUAUGUGGAAAACGAUGUUAAGAAACAAUUAUAAAGUAAAAGGUAUGUAAAAUUUAAAGUAUAACAUACCAGAACAGCAGCCACUCCAAGGAUGGCGAAGAUUGGUAGGGCUCGGAAGAUCAUUUUCGACUUGUGCUUGCUAUGUCAAGCUCUUGAUGACUACUCGAGAAUGUGUGCUUGAAUUCAAAUUCAUCGGGACUUAU